AUGCCUAAAAGAACGAUAUCACAAGCAGAAUUAGAAGAAUCAGGAGUAUUCGAGUCAGAUUCAGAAGAAUCGGAAUAUGAACCUACUAGACAUUAUGAUAAUGAAUUUCAAGACGUUGAGAAUCAAGUGAUACGGUACGUCAUGGGCAGAGAAUUGAAAAGUCAGAUUAUUAGAAGAGAACACAUCACACAACUAUAUUCGAACCGCCGAAUUAACUAUGAUGCAUUGAUGACUAGGGUGAAACAUACUUUAAAGGAUGUGUACGGGCUUACACUAGUAGUUGUGCCACCAAAAGGAGCAGACAAGAAGAAUAAGUCAAGCCAGAGUAAUGGGAAACAGCAAUUGAUGUUAACGAAUUGCUUGAGUCCUGAGGGCCGCGGUGUGUUACAGGAAAUUUGGCUUACGGAUAGCGAAGCUGGAGUACCAAACAACAGAAAUAGUGGUGACAAUCAGUACUUUUUACCCAAGUACAAUAAGACGUCGAGUUUGGGAUCUAAUGUUGACAUGGUUAAAACAGGAGUGACGUUAUUAAUCAUGUCGCUCCUCAUAAUAUCAGAGAAUCACAUCUCGGAAUACGAAUUGGGUAAUGGCCUAAAGCGCUUUGGCCUAUCCGACCAACCUAAUUCUAAAAACUCUAGUUUCAAUGCCAGUUUACCCGACCUCAUCAGUGAACUCGUCAAAAGGGAAUAUUUAGAUAAAGAAAUACAGAAGGAUUCCAAUAAUGUCGAAAAUAUCGACUAUAAAUUAGGAAGACGUUGUCUAGUCGAGUUUACACCACUCUCGGUGUUUGAAUAUAUCAAAGCCGUUUACGGAGAUGACUUUGACAUCGAUACCGAAAAAAAAGCGUUGUCAACAAUAGAAAAGGCGUAUGGUAUAUCAUUAGAUGUGACACCGGCUCUGGUACCUGAACAAACCCCUACUCAAGAACUAGAUAAUCAAGAUCUGAACCCCGUAAAUGAACCAGACGCCAGAGACUCAUCAUGA